GGACAGAAGGAGAACUCUCUCUGAAGGUGAGGCUGCUGACGACCGACGAGCAGUUUUCCCCCGGUCCUGUGUCGGUGCUGAUCUGGCAUCAUGAGUCCUGAGCUGCUCCUCCUCCUCCUGCUGCUGGCUGCAGAAUCCACCGCCCCUCUCCCUGAUGUCAACACCGGUCUGGAGUUUGUUGUUGCUUUUCCGGAAAACAUUGCGUACUAUUAUCCCGAUCGUCCCAAGAUGGUGAUCCAGAUCACGGCCUUGUACGAUGAAACUAAAAUCACCAUAAAACAGCAUUCCUUCGGCACCAUUUGUAAGACUCAGGACAAAGGAGCCUCUCAGGAUUACAUCCUGCAUGCAAAAAUGGAGAUCUACAAGGAAGAAACCUCCGACAUAACUCUCCAAAUCCACAGCGACAAAAGCAUCACCGUCCACGCCAUCAACCAGAAGUCCAGCAGUUUGCAGACCGCUCUGGUUCUGCCGACAGACAAACUGAGCUUGGCGUAUUUCAUCCCGCCGGUGCCUGAGAUCCAACGCACCACCCGACCCGCAGAGAUCGUCACCACAGACGUGACCGAGAGAAGCCCGUUCAAACUUGUCAUCGUCAACGGCAACAAGCCAAACGAGGUUAAGGUUGAAGGGUCGGGGAAUGAAACAUUUUCACUUCAGCCCUUCCAGAUUCAACAGAUCUGGGUGAAAGCCGAGAUGGAGUUGCGAAAGGUGACCGCCAAUCAUCCUGUGGCGGUGCUCUUCGGUCACACCUGUGCCAUCUACCACAGCUGCACCUGUGGGCAGCUGUUCACCUCACUGCCUCCAGCCCAAAGCGAGGUGCAGAAGUACUACAUCCCUGAGUUUCUGGCUAAAUACGCUGAGAAUAAAUCGGUUGUACUUCUGUCAAAGGAAAACUCCACCAAAGUCCAGGCCUUCGACAUGAACUCUCCGCUGGUUGAAUUUGACGGUAGCGCCAUCUUCUACCGCCCGGGCCUGCUCAUCAGUCUCAUCCCAGAGACGGACUUCGCCUCCUGUUAUGUCGUCAGCACCAUCAACGACACGAUGAGCUACGCAGUGAUCGUGGUCCGCAAAAACCUCACUGAUGGUGUUCGUGUGAGAGAUCUUCCUGUGCAGAAAACACUCUGGCAGGAACUAAAUGGGACGGACUUCCGCUCCGCUUCUGUUACUCUGUUGCCUGGAAAAAGCGCCAUCUGGCACACUUCCUCCAAAAUGGCCGUCUACUUUGUGGGAAAUAAGGAAAAUGCUUGGUUUGGGAACCCAGCACCCAUCCUCAGUCAUAUCCCAGACUUCAGGGGUUGCGUCUUGUCUCCGGAGAUCGUAAAGAUCGGACCAAAUGCCGGAGGCUGGCGUGAAUCCCUGCAGAACUGUUCAGAAGACCAACUAGACCUGGUCAGCUUCCCCGAUGCCCAACUCCAGACACAAAUCUACGAACAACUCCGCCAGGCCAACAAAAACAACCUGCAGGAGGUGUGGAUCGGCAUGCGUCGCAGCUCCAUGUCCGGAGAGUGGUACUGGCUGAGCGAUGCCAAGGUCAAUCACUCCAACUGGGAGGAAGGGGAGCCGGGCACGAUGAAUGACGGCCAGUGCGCCAUCAUGAGUCUGGCGAAGGGCUUUGGCUGGAGGGACGAGGACUGCUGCAAAGCUGCACACCCUGUCUGUUACAAGGAACCCGUCUUUUUCCCCGUUGAGUAAAAACAGCACGGACAAAACUAACCGAUCCAAUCCACUGGUCUGGACUGAACCAGGGCUAACGCUAGAUUAGCUCCUUAUUCUCAGGAGGUUGAGGUUAAAAAAUAAAGCUAAUGCAUUAGUGUCUCAAACCAGCAUUUUCUCUUAUAUCCAGCAGGGGGCGACUCCUCUGUUUGCAAUACAGAUUUUGUAGAAGUCUAUGAGAUAAUUGCCCUAAUUCGCACUUAAUUUAAAACCUUAGUAAAUAUCUUCCUGAUGAGACAAUGGCCUACAGUGCUGCAUAAUAUAUAGGUCUGAACCAGGACUAAUGCUAAAGUACCUCUUUUAUUGGCUGGAUCUGAGAAGUGAAGCAGAAGUGUCUUAAACCUGCAUUCUCUCUAAUAUCCAACAGGGGGCGUCAAUGAGAAAAUGAUCAUACUUGGCCCAGUAAAGAUGUAGAGUUUAAGGUCUCGGCCUGCAGCUCUUCUUGAACACCGCCUGAUGUUCAUUCAGGUAAUUACGCUUCCCUUUAGGGUAGAAUGGGCGAUAAAGCAGCGGGGUUGUCUGUGUUUUCGUCCUGCAACUUUAACUCUUACAAGUGUGUUUUAAGAACAUGUCAACUCUUAACGCUCCGUAACAAUUGUGCCAUUGGUCGCUUCUUUUCCGUGCUGUCCAAACUCAACAUUAACAAAUCAGCAGUGACAGACCGCUGUCCCACUGACUGUGUGUUCUUCUUGUGAGCAGUUUAUGUAUGGAGGAAAGAAGAUACUAAUAACAGAGAAUAUAGCUCCAGCUAACUGAUGCUAUCUCUCUGGCUUGCAUAUUAUUAUCGGUGUAGUUUGUGAUUCAUAGAUAUGGUAUAACAAUAUUCCAUCGGGUGAUAGAAAUAGAUUCUUGAAUAAACACUGCGUUAUAUUAUUUUAUUACAGAAGAUUAUUAAGAAUUGGUUGAUUGUUAAAGACUCUGACAUAUUCCUCACUUUAGUGUCUUAAAAGCUUUAUUUAAUCUGUGGUGUGAACAUUAAAUAAAAUGUAAUGUGUGGACAGCUGUUUGGUUUGAUUUCACACAGGCUGUAAAAGUUUUAAAUAUUACACUAUUAAAAAUGAGAAACGUGCUAACCGUAA